AUGAGAGACAACUGUGAGUGGAGGUGCAGGGAUGGCAAGAGAGGAAAGGGGGUGUGUCAGACGCGUGCAAAAGGAGUAUGGGAGAGAGGAGAGUGGAGAGAACGUGGGUGGUCAGAAAGGAAACGUGGAGGAGUGGAUGAAGUCAGAGCAGGUGGGGGAAAAGAGGAGAAGAGGAGAGGAGAAGAGGAGUGCGACGGAAGUGGGGGGGGGGGGGGUGGCGAUGAGAGGAAGGCGAGGGAGGCGAAGCGACAGUGGAAGGGAAAGGUGGAAGUGCGGCGGCGAUGGGAGAACGAAGGAGUUAGGGUGAGAGAGAGAGAGAGAGAGAGGACGAAGGAGGCGGGUGAGAAGGAGAAAGAGGAGAAGAGGGAUUAG